GCAAUGUGCCUUGCACGGAUUGGCGGGCGGAUUGCCGGGAUUGGUAUCCGACCUGGCGACUGCUUCGCCGGUUGACCAGCUCUUGCCCGAUACCAAUAGUGAAUUUCUUAUCAUAACCAAACAUACUUGCUGAGGCAGCAUCAGCACUCGGCAGAGCCAGACUUGACUCUAGUGACACCUUCACUUCACUUAACCUUGGCCGGUUGCAGUCGUCUCAUUUGCUGUUCACAAGCGAUGGGAAGCAUUCUGGGGACGGCGGGCGACGAACCUGCUCGCUUCAAUAUCAAGCUGUUAUUCCCCACGGGCAAUACCGGAUCAGGACAACCGACUUCCACCACGCGGAAGUUCGAAAGCGUGACCCGAGAGUCGCUGAAAGGCGCCACCGCGCCGUUGGGCAUUGGUGGCCUGAACCUGCUGCCCGCUGGCGUGGCGCCCGCUGAGUUGGCACUGGACGAGGUUGAAUUCAAGACACCCGAUGAUGUGGAGCUGGUUGACGGCGGCACAUACCUCGUGAUGCAAUCGGUGGCGUCAAACAAUGAGCAGGUGAGCCAGGUGCACCCUUGAGUUGCUUGAUGCACAAAGCUGCCAGGGGUACACGCCCUAAGCAGGACAGCAGGAUGGGGGCGAGGAGGCGCGAGCAAGCGGUGCGUGCGCUGUAAGACGACGCGCGCGGGUCAUGGCAGCAGGGCGAGUGACUGAGGAACGGUGACGGCUGCUUGGUGCAGCUGGGCGGUUGCGCAUUCGCCCCUUGUGCACCAACAUAAAUGUGUGUCGCUCCUGCGUGAUCACGGCGCAGGUGGACACCCUGCAAUGCUGGCAGGACAGCCACAUAGAGGCUGACCAGGUGGUGGGGGUCAAACACGCCGUGGCCAAGCUGCGGGCGUCUGGCCACCCCGAGGCCAAAGUGCUGAGUGUCAAGGAGCUGAAGACCGAUGCCGGGAUGGUGGGUUGACGUUGGUGUGUGGAUGCACGCUUGCACGCAUGUCAUGCGUCCCGAAACAGAUUCCA